AGAUGGAGAUCUUGCUCCAGUACAUGUAUGGGGGCAUUGUGGAUCUGCCCGCUGGAGCCAGUGCCAGUCAGGUGGUGCUGGCAGCAGACAUGUUGGGUUUGGAGGGGCUGAAAGAUGUAGUGGAGAUGGUUCUGACCCGCGACUACUGCCGCUUCUUCCCCAAGCCACUUGAUGGAGUUCAGAAAACAGUUCUCGAGUGCCUGUCCCUCACACACGCCUUAGGCCUUCAAAACCUCCACAUGCUGUGUAAGAGGUGGGUUGCUGAACAUUUUGUGAAGACUUGGUGUGAGAGAAACUUUUCCCUCUUGUCCCCUGAGCUCCACAGAGUCUGUCUAACUGCUGUAACACAAACCAUGACUGUGCAGAAUGCAGUAACCAUGCUCUGUGGCACUGAGCAGUUGCUUGGCAGUCUCCCAGAAGUCAAGUGGGCUCAACAGGUGAGGAGUCUCGCAACAGAGUUACAGGAGGAGAGCCUACGUGUCAUUGUCCAGCACCUUCCCAGAGUCACCCUAACUCAGGCCUUCCACGACCUUCGCAGGAGGGAAGAGUUUACCCGGGAGCCCACAUUGUUGAAGAAGCUGUGUUCAGCCAUCAGGGAAGGGGUGACUGUGGACAACUGCUGUGAGCUUUUUGCUGCUGUGAACUAUCUGUGUGGAGAUGACAUGGAGGAGGACUCUCUCCUGGAGCAGAGGAGAGAAAAACAAGAGGAGCACCAGCCGUUCAGACAAGAGAUUUGUACGCUACGUGGUCGGCUGUGGACCUUCCUGCUUCAGACCUUUUACGCGGUCCGCCACACGCAGGGAUGGGAGACUCUGUCGUCCAAACACAGAGAGAGGAUACUGGCAGAUGCUAUUGAUAAAGGGGACAAUAGAAGACUUGGCAAAAAGCCGGUAUUCACAAGCUCACAGCAAAGGGCUGUAAAAUGCCCUUCAUCUGCACCUGAGAGUCCUCCUGUGCAAAGGACCCAGAGGGCGUCUGAAUACACGACUUCUUCCUCCCGUAGUGCUACAUCAGCCAUGAAGUCUGAUGGACUGGGGACAGCUAACAAACCCGGAGAUGGUCACACAUCAAAGGCAAAGAAUGUAAAGAAGCCAGGAGAUCGGAGUGUAGCAGCAAAAGGAAAGACGGCAUCAGCUGCUACACCAGUUGUCAAUGGCACCGGAACUGCAGGGGCCAGACGUGAUGUAGCCAGCGCCAAUGGCCCCAGAAGCUCUCAUGGGGCUAAAGAGCAAGAAAAGAAGCCAAACCCAGGUGCAAGGCCUAAAACCUCCCCCCCGAGCUGCACAUCCACAAGACAAACAGCGGCAACGAAGGCUCAGAAGAGCUCGACGGGAAAGGCUGACGGCACUGCUGGCACCACCCAAACUCAGCCCAUCGCUUCAUCCACAUCAGGCAGCACCUCACCAGAGAAUGGUGCCAGUAGCCCUCGCAACGACACCCACUCCAUUCCAGGUGCAAAGCCCAAACACCAGGCGAAGGCAGUGACCAAAUCCCCACUGACAAAACCUCAGAAAUCAGAUGCGGCAAAAACCAACAGUCCUACCAAUAAGUCAAGUGUGAGAGAAAGUGGUAAGGUCAAGACCGGUGUAGCUGAGAAAGCGACUACUGCAGUGACAGCAGCAAAAACAGACACCAAGGGAAGAGGCACACCAGACCAUCAUGUGUCCAAGCAUGGAUCCGCCAUGAAAAAGCCAGCAUCACCCAGGAAAGAAGAUGGAAAGGAAGGAUUAAAAUCCUCAACGGCACACAAAGCAGGCAGUGAAACUCCUAAAAAGAUCACAAAACCUGCUUCAGGUACUGGAGCCUCAACUAAAUCCGGUGCUAAACCAGCAAAAGCUGCCUCUUCUGCCCUCUCCAAACAAUCUUCAGUUGUAGCUGCCAAGUCUGGACCAAAGUCAAAAAGUACUGCUGAAUUAUCUGCGGAGAAGGCUUCACCAAAGUCUGGAGGAAUAUCCAAAACCUCUGCAACCACCAAGAAAUCAGGAACUAAAGGAAAAGAGGCAGCAAAUAGUAAAAAUUCAGACUGUAAAACUGAGCUCGUUCAAACUGAAAACACUGUUCAUGCUGCAGUGCAUAAAGAUAGUAUAGAGCUAGCACCCUCUGACCAGCCUGCAGCACACAUUACACAGUCAACAAGCCAGGGCGGGGGGGAUACACUCAGCCUUCAACUAGACUCGAGCCCUAAGCAGAGUCUCCAGACGACUGAAACACAGUCCGGAAACACUAAUGGUGGAGGAGAGGAGCCCAGUGUUACACCAGCAGCUAACAAUGUCCCUAAUGUUAAAUCUGCUAAUGCAAACACUUGCAAACAGACUGAGGGGAGUAAAGUGAAACAGUCUCCAAGCGGUGUCAUCCCUGCUCACAUCAGCACAGGGCAAGUUCAUGAGGUCAGCUCGCCAAAUUCCCAGAGAGACGCUGAACUCCCCAUAGACACCCCCUGCAGCAUGGGAAGCACUAACACACCACUAGAGGACUCCUGGAGCGGCAUCCACCAUCAGGUCAGCCCAGAAUCUGAAACUGGCAGCACACACACCACUUCCUCCGAUGACAUCAAGCCCCGCUCAGAGGACUACGACGCAGGAGGCUCACAAGAUGAUGACUGCUCCAACGACCGGGGUGUUUCCAAGUGUGGCACCAUGCGUUGUCAUGACUUUUUGGGUCGCAGUAGUAGUGACACAAGCACCCCAGAAGAGUUGAAGAUGUAUGAAGGUGGGGCUGGAUUGAGAGUGGAGGUGCGGCUGCGUGGGAGAGAGGCAGAGACUACCAGCGAGGAGGAGGGAGUAAGACGUCGUCGUUCCUGGUUGCAAAGAGAUGAGGUUCAUGUAGAGGAGGAUCACUCAGAAGUCGAGGCCACUGUGACUGUGAAAAGUGUCCCCGACCACCAGCUGUUCUCCUCUGAGGAGGAAGAGGAGGACGACAACGAAGAGGAGACGGAAGAUGAGAGGUCGGAAGUUGAGGUGAUUCCAGGCCAGGCUCCAGUGCCACCGACUGAGCCCUCACCACACUUUCAGGGGAUUGUCAACCUAGCGUUUGACGACGAAGGCGUGGAUCAGGAAAACGACCAGCCUGACUACCAGCAGACAUCUAAUUUCCGUCGGUCAGUGUUACUCUCUGUUGACGAGUGUGAGGAGUUGGGCUCAGAAGAGGGCGGUGUGCAAACUCCACCUCAACAUCCCGACGACACUGUGACUCCCUGUGAUGUUUUCGAGUCCGACUCUGCAGCUCUUCAAUCUAAUUGUGCCCCUUCCAGUGAUCAGCAGAACCACCUGCCGUGCCAUCUUGAAAAUGCAGGUAUGAAGCACAAAAAACACGACGAGGAACAUGAAGAAAAAUCCUCCGUAUUCCUUACAGAGAUCCAGGAGCCUGUGCAAGAGGAGAGUAAUCACAUUCAGGGGGAUGGAAUGAAGUCCAGCGUCCCUACCGUGGACACUGACACCAGAGACCUCCCUCCCCAGGAGCGCCCAUGCCACCUGGAUCUGCGGCACGCCGAACAAUACAACGGAGGGCUGCGCAAAAAUCACACCAAUGCCUCAGAAAGCAAGAAAGCUGAUUUACAUCUAGACUUAAAUGAGCCUCAGUUGACAGGGGACUCUCCUGUACAUGCUGCACAAUCUCCAGCAGGUAAUGUAUGAUCUACGGAUCCUUCCUAGACCCCAAAUCCAAACCCAUCUUAUCUCCCCUAGUGAAGGUAUAGUUUAUCCCUGCAAGAUUCAUUCUCCUCUGCUCUGAUUCCUAGACCUUACCUAUGCCCAACAUAUACCCAUCCCCUCCUUCAGAAAAAGGAUAUUAUUGAGUGUACUAGUUUAGUAACUAGUUAUAAAUACAAGUUCAAAUUCAAAUGAAAUCGGUGGUCAUCAUAUUUUCAUAGCUAAAAGCUUGCUCUCAUCUCCACCCAUGGAUUGUGUAGCUGUUGUAAAUUUGAAUUUGCAACGUCAAUAUCCUUUUCAAAGAUGGAGAUUGGCCUCAUCAAAACAAUUAAUCUAAACUGUACAUUUUAAACAACUGAACUACCUUUAGUUGGAGGCAUUUAGGCCUCGGUAACUCAGUUUACGCAACAACAAAAAAAAAAAAGGGGGGGGAACAGUGUACAUUUCACUAAGACUGAUCAUAGAAUUGUAUUUGUCCAAAAGAAUCUGCCUUGUGACAAGGCAUGUGACAUAGUUACACCAAUGCACUUUUAUGUACAUAAGAAUAAUAAUAUUUUCUGAUUAUUUUUGUCAUUUCUUUUAUGCAGUGGAACAGUCUGGCCUUUUUAAGCCAUAGAUAAUUUGACAUAGUUAAAGGUACUAUAUAUAACAUUUCAACAUCAACGUAUCAUUGCCAAAUUAACAGUGAUUUGUUGGUGUAAUUACUAUUACAGUUAGACCGUUGUUGAGAGAAUCUUAUGUCAUGUCACUGAUGUGACAUGUGAUUGAAGCUUGUGUUUCUUAAAAUUUAGAAUAUAUUUCCCCAGAAAUCCUAGUGCUUUUCUCAGAGGAUGCUAUGACAGUGUGUGUCUUCUUUCUUGCUCUUGUUACUUUUUUCUUUUGCUUUAUUGUAAAGGAUAAAUGUGUUUGGCUUUUCAUUCACUACACCUUUGCCAUUUUUGAGAAACACAAACUUCUGGCUUCACAAUCUUUUUUGUGCCAUGAAGCACAAACAAAUCUUGACCUUCUGGUUCACAACGUUAAAUGCAGUGUAUCAUCACUGGACGCUGCCCGGCUUCUCAGUGAUGGUCUUUUUGUUGACAGUAAUUAUAUCAACGUCUCACACUUCAUUUUAAAAGAUUUGUUUAUAUUAAAAUGCUAUAUGUAGCACCUUUUUAAAAAAUUGUGUUAAGGUAAAUUUCAACCAAGUUACAAUUUUUUUCAAAUUUCUGGAAAGUGACUACCUGACAUUAAGGUCAAAUACAAAAUGUUUGUAUAAGGUAGACUACACUUAACUGCCACUGCUUCUCAAAAAAGUGUAUUAUACUUGGAAACUUUUCCCUUGCAUCUCCUUGCUGUUUUUCUUUUUCUAUUUGAGAAUGUACCUCUUCCUGAGUUCUUGGGUUUUUUUUUGAUUUUUGCACUGCACACAUGCAUGCUACUAUGAAAGUUAAUUUGUCAUUCUGCUAUGCCAUCCAUUAUUUUUGUGUAUGUUUUUUUUUUUCCCCAUCGUCCCAUUACCCUUUGUCAUACCCAGUAGACUUGUGUCUAGAUACAUAGAUGUCCACUUUUUAAGAGAACUAUGUUUUGUUGUCUAUAAGCUUUUGUUCAGUAGGCUUUGUGUAGUGUCAGUAGCCUCCUAUGUACAGUAUGUGAUGUGUCUCUAGAGCAGCUGUUAUGGCUCUGCCAUGUCUCUCUUUUUUCACUAUCAUACUCAGAAAAAGAAAUCCUGCUGCACCAUUACUGAGGGUCUAUCCCAAUGCAAACAUGUAAAUCAUUUUGUGUUCAGCACCACACAGCUAUCAGUUACUUCAUCCUUUGCCAUUUUGAAAAAUAGAAAACACAAAGAAUGUCAAAUAAAACUUGGUGGUGUGCCAUCUUUUGUGCUACUAAGUAAAGCAGUACAGUACUGUUCAUUAGGUCCGCCCGUUCAAAGACCUGCACGUAAAUCUCAAAACAUAUCACUGUUACUUAACGACAAAUGCAAAGUUCACUGGUGCCGGCAAUGCAUGGCUUACUUUGUUUGAACAGGUGGAUAAAGAGAUGCAUUCAGAAAAGCAUUCCUCUGUGCAUUACCUUUAAGGCAACUGUCCACCCUUGACAUCCAUAUCUGAAGUGGUUGGUGAGUUACGAACUAAUUAAUUUUAAAUUCAUAUUGGUAAUCGUAUGGCUAUUUAACUGACCAUAAUGUGACCACUGACCAAUCCGCUGCUUUCCCACUGUGGCUGUCCUGACCUGACUUCACUAUGGAAUACAUUUUAGAGGACACAGUUGCAUUAAGGGUAAACUUUCAGUAAUCACUGUUUUAUUGUAGUAGGCAGUGACUAGUCUCUGAAAUGAAUUGAUGA